UCUGUCAGAGCAGAGGCACCAUGGCUGAACAGGAAGCGCCCGCACCUCUAAAAUCUCUCAACUCCGAAGAUCCAACAUACAUCUCUUUUAUUAACAAAUCCAGCAGAACAGCCGAAGCAUGGUGGCUGAACUUCUCGGGAAAGCCGGUGUCUUACGGCGACAUAGAUCCAGGGCAAUCUCUUAAGAUGAACACUUAUCUGACUCAUCCAUGGAUGUUCAGAGCAUCUGAUGGAGCUAAGCUGCUGGUUAACCUAAGCGAAGUUUACUUUCCUGCUCCUGCGCAGUAUGAAGAGUACGGAUACCCGCAUUUCCAAGCGGUCUACGUCACUGCUCCAGUGUAUUCAUUACAAGAAUGCUGCCUGAAGUUGAUCCGGAGUUUGGUGAGAAAACAAGAUAUCUGCAAGCUGGAAAUACCCGAGGGAUUAAGACAGGACAUCAGGCGCGUGCCCGAUUUACUGAGAGACAUCCAGGUUUUAUCAGCCGAGAGAUCUGUGAAGGCUUCAAACUGAGCCAUUUCUCUCUUUAUAAAAUCGAAAGAAAAAAAUCUGAUGCUCAAAGUGAAAAUAUGAACGCAGUCAAACCUUUUCUUUUCCUGUUCCGUGAUGUUAUGUGCGUGCUUUGACGCGAUACUGAAGUUUACAAAUGAUAUAAAGUGCUCGUACACUCUAAUCUUGAACAACAAAAGUUUGAAUAAAAAUAUGGAGGGUCUUCAGUGCCAAAAUUAUUUCUAGAAACGUGAAUUGUUAUUGUCAACAUACAGUUUGACCGCAUUAAGCAUUUUUAUGCGAGGCAUCUUUGUCCAGUAAGCAUGCCACUGAUUUUGACACCAGAAAAGUAUGUACGCUGCAUAAUUUAUUCAUUAGUAGCAAAGCAUGUUGUGCAGUUUGAAUAAUUUUUGUUCCAAAGGCAAGAAAUAUAUAGAGACUGGAAAAGAACAAGAUUCUGUUCUAUAGAUAGCUUAAAACGUAAAGAUAGAUAAAACUUAUUGAGUGCACAACUCUAUUUGUACCAUAGAUAUAUACACUAGAUAUCGCAUACGGACUCAGAGCAUGCGUCAAUAGCGCCGCCACAUUUGUACAGGGCUCCCAGGACAAAUAUCAUUCAACCGCAUUCAAGACAGUGUGCCAAUCUGAAGAUGCUGGACUUUAGUGCUGUGUACGGGUGUAGUAUCGAGGAAACAAACAAAAAAACAAGCACAAAGGCAGAACGUUUCAUGAUUUUGUUUUUUACAUUUUUGUAUGUUACGAACUUUUGUGCUCAACAAGUAACGUUACUGAUGAUAAUAGUCACCUACUGCAUUCACCUUAAAGCAAAGUAGCACCAACCUGUACUAAAUACUCCGCUUAUGAUAGUUUUGUUGAAUAAAUUUUGAAAACACAGUAAAUGAAAUAUGACAACAAGGCGCUGCGUUGCCAGAAACUUGUAUUAUUGUCGGCAAAGUGAACGAGUCAUUCAUAACAGAGAUUCAUUCACAAUCGAAUCACUCCCUCCGGUAGAAUGAGAAGUGAAAGCAGGGGGGGGGUGGUGGUGUGUGUUUCAGGAUAUGGAUUAGAUCAAAUCUAACAGGGAGGGAGGAUAAUACAUUUCCAUGCACACAAACAUACGCUCUUUGUCGGCAAUAUCCGUGCGGUCACUGAUCCAUCAAUGUAGAAAAGUGAUGUAAAUUUAUAAUUUUCGCAUUAAAAAAAAAAAUUUGCAUACAGACCACCGGGAAAACUCCUGAUCAUAGAUAUAUGCAUAAUCUCUGGCUCUAGAUAGCCAAAGUCCUCCACUACACCUUGGUCCCGCAUUAAUUUCAAAGGAGCGCUACCCUGUACUAAAAUGGCAGCUCUAUUGAUGCAUUCCUUCCAAUAGACAACAACAGGGUAGUCGACAUCUAAUGUAUAUAUCUAUGUAUUUGUGCAAGUUAUUUUCAAUCUGAAGUUUUGUAGAGGAAAAUCUUUGUACUUGUUUAACAGAGUUGUGGAAACAUUUUUUAAUCUCCUCCCUUGUGGAAUUUUUUUCUUGUGCGGAUCUGUGUGCACAUAUGGCAUUAGAUGUAGUAUCCUCUAAAAGGCUGUGUGUUUGUAUGUGCACACAGGCUAGCUUAAAGUGUGCAAUUUGGGGUUUAAGAUGCAAAAAUUAAACGUGCAGUUUAAAAUCGUUGAAAAGUUAAAAGGCAAUAUUUAUGUAAGUGCAAUAUUAUGUCUAAUAUUUGCAUAUGCACAUGUCAGUAUACCAAGUCCUUGAUGAAUAAACUUGCCGUCUGAUGUUUGCUUACAUGUAGCUCAAUACAACUCGCAUGCAAAUGUAGUCUCAAACACAGCAAUAUAAUUGGCUGUUAUAUUUGCUGAUGCGUUAACAGUCAAACUGUGUUCAAUGAGACAAAUUUUGGCCCUGAUCACCUUCCAUAGUACAAACUUCCAGAGAUGCCAGAGUUGAUGUCAUCACACUUGGAACUCUGCUCAACCAAUCAAACUUCAAGAUGGUGACUAACUGUUGUACACCAAGACGAUACAUACAGGUUAAAAUAGUUGUUUUAUUUUAUUUUUAUUUAUACAGCAAGUAACAUAAAAUUAUAUAACAUCUCAGUUUGUCUACAUGACCAUUUAGCAUUUAAAAACAUUUUUAUUAUGAUUACUAUUGCACUUUGGGCACAGGCAUACAGAGAUCCCUGAAUAUUGUGAGUUUUCUAGUUCAUUUCAAAUGAGAUGACUGGCGUGCUUUUUAAAACUGACUCAAUGCUGCUUUAUCGAUGUUACAAUGUAAAACCAAAGACUCCUACAAAUUAAAAUGAUUAUUAUUCUUA